AUGGCUGGAGCUCUCAGGUACAGUUCUCAGAUUAUUUUGUUAGAAAAAGCGUCAUUUCAGGCUGCUAUUUUAGGACCUUUUUGUUAAUUGUUUUGUAUCUGAAAGUUUGUGCUUUUUAAUCUGCCAGUGUCAGAUCUGUUUGCAGAUAACAAAUUAUUAUGUGGAUUUUAGGGAUGAAUUAAAGCUGGUGUAUAAAUAUGUAGUCAGAAUUAUGUUAACUAAUAAUAGUUCAGAUAAUACACUUGUGGUUUGGUUUCUUUUCCAAAAGGGAUGUCAGGUUUUGAUUUAUCAGCCCACAGGGCAGUUUUCAUCUUCCUCUCAGUCCAUCAUGAAAGGGCUCAGGUCCAGAGAAGUCUCUGGUGCUCCUGGAUCAUGUUUAUAUUAUUUGGCUGUGCAUUGGGCUACCUUGGCUUUUGUUUUGGAGUUAUGAAAUUUCUGAUACAGUUUUUUCAUGAAAAGUCCCUCUGUGAUCGACAGGCAGUGGUAUUGAUUUAUGUUUCAAUAACAUUUGUCCAGUCUUUGGUGGAAAUAAUGAUUCUUAAUUCUUUUUCCCCCAUUUCAUUUUUACAUAAUAUACUGAAUAACACUUUAAUUCAGCUACAUGCAUCAGUCACUGAUGAUCUUUCUGGACAAUUUGGUUUGAUAAGCAUUAUAGGCAUUUGUAACAUUUGUCUGAUUCUUGAAAGGUUUGUUUUAUGUCCUUAAACAUUUUUAUCAAAAUAAUGUCAGGGUUGGAGAAACUUAUCAAAAUCCUGUUGAGCAACAUGUUCCUGUUCCCUCCUUUUCAUGCAUUGCUUGAACCCUUCUUCGUUAAUAGCCAGUUUAGAAUCAGGGCCAUGUUUUAGCUAUGUUAGGAUUCCAAGUUCCAUCUGAAUAAUAAACUGAGCCAGUUUACUUUUCUAAGGAAAACCAAACCGACCAACUCUGAAUAUCAUGCUGUUCAGUUGAUUGUAGGCAUUCUUGCAAAUUCCAUGUGGGACUGUCCAACAUUGAGAGUUCCAUGACUUCUCAUCUUGCUAAAUAUUUUUGAUUGCACCAGAGCAAUUAUCUGACAACUUUUUACAUAGGCCUAUUUGGUUGCUCCUGUAACUACAUGUUGAAACACUAAAAUGAAAAUGUGACACCUCGUAAAAGCUGAGAUAAACAGAUAAUGAUGUUUUUACAUUUCUAGUCUAAACUAAAUUAGAACAAAGACUUGAGAUCAAAUGUUGAAACUAGAAAAUGUGUUUGUUUUAUUAAAAAGUAUCUGCACAACUCUUAUGGAGCUGGAGUUGUGAAAUCGCCACUUCAUCUUUGAGUACCUCUCUCAGUACUUCAUCUAUGACCAUGUACUGAACCCAAUGACCCCUAUCAGAGGGCCUGUUCGGAGACACCCUUUAGACGACUGUAGUAACAGACAUGUGACGUGUCUGUAAAGAUCAGAAGAGUUAAGCCUGAACCCAAACUCCCUGUGUAAGCUCGUCUGCAGCUGUGAUUCUGUCUUUGGACCUUUGAAGAAGUGAUGAGGGUGUCUCAAAGAAAUACUGACUGACUUGUUUAAGAAAAAAUGAUAGAUGAUCACAGGUCGCAAACCAGCCUGCUGUGGGUUUGUGUUGAUGAAGUCAUGACCUCUUACAUAAGAGUGAAUUAUUAGAUUUGAAAAAGUUAUGAAGGGAUGUUAAUGAGUCAUUAUAUAUGAACAAGAUAUGUUUAUGAGGUCCCGGGUAUUUCAUUUAUGAGUGCUGUCAUUGGCUACUGAUUAUAAGGGGCUGCCCCUGUGGGGGUUAGGGUUUGGUAGUGCAAGUACACUCUGAGUCUGACUCUGCAGUCAGACAGAAAGUCACAGAAACCACCACUGAAGAAACGGAGCCACUGGAGGUCUGAGUUUGUUUGUUUGUUUUUCUGUACGUCUGUUCUCAAAGACUGCAGCAUCUGUGUUCUGUAUAGAGGAGGUAAACAUGGCGGUUAUUGAGUGUGAGGUUCUCAUGCACGUUUGCAGUUUCCCUUGUUUAAAAUUGUAAAGUUUACCUUCCUGAAGUGAGUUUAGUGGUUUAUCAGAGAGACAGACAGAGGCAGGAAUGAGUGAACUCUAACAGCUCUGAAGGAUGAACUAUCAAAUUAGGUCUGAUCCAGAGAAGAAAUGGUGAGUGGAGAUUUACCUGAGGACGAACAGGUGGUCUUUGUCCUCACUGCUGGCUCAUUGGUGGUGUUGCUCAGGACGCAGUUAGAGGUGUGGUAGGACUCAGUUUGUCUUUACUGACCACACCUGCUGUUCUGUAAGGUCAGUGUUCAUGUUCUCUUCAGUCCACCUUUGGCUAUCUUCUCUAAUCAUCCAUCCAUUAAGUGAAGAGUGCACAGGUCAUUCAGUCUGAUCCUGUUUGCCAGUGUUAAUUUAUCUGUUCAACUAUCACCCUCCUGGACAAGAGGCGAAGCCACAUAUUUAGAGGGAUCUGUGUUACAGUCUGUUCAUUUGAAAACAGACCAAAUACAACUAGCUGGACAGAGCUGGCUGCCGUAACAAGAGGACUGUUUUGCUUCCUGCUAAGCCCCUCUCAUCAAAAUCCAUGACUAUGUGAAUUUACUCAUUUUAAUCUGCAGAGGGAAAGUCCUGCCUUUCUUCCUUAACUUGUGGAGUUGAUUCAUGACAAAUGUGUUAUGUGUUAUGAUGCAGCCUUCGUGAGAGGAGUUGAGCUGCUACAGCUGAUUUAACCCUGAUUGUGAUUAACAUAGUCCGACAGAGUAUUGUUGGAUGAGUGCAUGUACAGAUGUCUAACUUUCACCUCAUCCAGAGGUGAGUUGUUGUCACGAUCACUGAAGAGUUUGACCAAGUACAGUUCCCUUCUGCUAAUAACAGCAGAUGGUACAAAUCUCACUGACUGUGCUUGCGGCUGUUAGCUCUGGUGUUAGGUCGUGAAGUUCGUUUGCAUGUUAGCUCUACAUGAAUGUUUAAUGGCUCAUUAAAACUCAGCUAACUAUACAGCAGGAGCUCUCACUUCUAUAGGCUGGAGCACUGACCCUGAGGAGUUGAACAGAGUUUAUGCUAAAACAGCACAGUGAGGAGAAAGGGCUUCUGUUUAUAUGUGCAGGUAUCAUCCCUACCUGUCUGUUUGUCUGUCCACCGUCAUUACUCUUGGUUCUAUCACACUACAUCCUAAAAAUGCCUAAAACACAGCUGUCAAAGCACAGGGUUAUAGAUCACAUCACGUCAUAGCUCACAAAUUAAAUUAUCAUUGAUUAUUUUAACUAAAAAUAAUAAUAUAAAAAAAACAGGUAGAUUAUAACAUGUCAGAUUCAAACAUUAGUUUAUUUCAUGUCAGAUUUAAACAUAAAUUUAUUUCAUGUCAGAUUAAGAUGCUGUAUUUGGUAGAUUAUCACAUGCCAGAAUAAAUACUUAGCUAAACCAGCAUGUUGCAGGCUCCAGCUUCAUGUUAAUCGUUGUUAGAGUUUAUCACAGAUCAGAAUCAGAUAAACAGAGUAAAACUUAAAAUCUUAAAAACUUUCUUUUUCUCCUCCCUCCGUCUCUAACCAUUUUGUUCUCUCCUCUCUCUGUCUCUCCUUUUUUUUCCCUCCUUCCUCUCUCUGUCUCUCUCUUUUCUCUCCUUCCCUUCUUCCUACCUCUCACUAGUUUUUUGCUGGUUCCGUUUUUUUCACCCUGUUCAGUCAGCUGCAGCCAUGAGGUCACAGUUUAAGCUCCACCCCCUUUGUGCUGGUCUGGAAUUCUGGGGGUUUUCCUCCUCACCGCCACUUCCAGGAAGUGACUGAAAACAGAGCAAGUGGUUAGAGGGGAGGGGAAGAACGACAGAGAGAGAGAGCGAGAGGGUGAAAAAACAAACAGAGGUAGAGCGAGGUAGUGAGUGAGUGUCUUUCCCUCUCUGUCUCUCUCUGGCAGCUGAAAGUGAAACAGAUGCAGGUUUCAUUUUGUCGUAUGUUCAUCCGUUUGUUUGUCUGAGCACUCGUUCAGAGAGUCAGGACAACCAUUAAACACAGACAGGUUGGACACACACUUUGUAUUUGUGUGUACACUCUCAUUAGUAGGUUGCAGCCUCUGAAGCCUCUAACUCUCUUUGUUUGUUUGUUUGUUUUCUUUCCCAGGAUGACUGAAGCUCAAUACAUCAGCACCUAUGACAAUGAUGUGAGUUUGAUUUAUUUCUAUGGAUUUCUACUGGUUAAAUUGGUUGAACUGGUUGAAGUGGUCAGAGGGUUUAAUGGUUAACUUGGUUAAUACUUCAAACCGGUCAACAGGAUUUUACUCAGCUCUUUUGUUGUUUUCACAGUUUGAUGUUUAAGAAACUCUUAGCCCAUCCUGAUGGUGUUAUAAUCAAUGCAAAUGUGAAGUGGAUGGGGUUUAAACUUUAGAGUGUGAAAUCAUCUUCAGUUUAAUGUAAGUUUACUCCAUCAGCCCUCAGAGACCAUCAGCUAAUGUAGUGACAGAAACAUCCAGCAGGUCAUUAUGAGAAAAAUUCAUCAUCACUCAUAUUCAAUUCACAUUAAAUUUACAAAGAUUUAAGAUUCAAAAAGACAUACAUAACUCAGAUGCAGACCAGAAAAACAUUCCAUCUUUAGCUGAUUUAAAGUGAAACUGUUUCAUGUGUCAUUUCAGGGUAACUCUCAGUGUGGGAAAUUUGAAUAUCUUUUCCUGUAAAUUCUCCUCUGGCUCUUCUGCUUAAAAUGAAGUUUGUCAUGCUUCUCACAUAUCAGACAUUUAUAAAUUCUGAGAUUCAUUGAAAAGUUUAACAUCCUUCAUAAGUGACUUAUAUUUACCAAAAAACUUGAUUCCAAAAUAUAAAUACAUAAAGCACUGUAAUGAGGUGAAACAAGGGAAAUUAGACAGAGAGGAAUACAAGAGAUUUCAUAUUUAUUAUUCAGUUAUUUUCAUAUUUUUCAUUUAGUUUUUGGAGCCAGAUGUAUCCUUGUAAUGUCAAAAUCUUUGAAAAUAAAACAAUGUAGUUUACAAUACCUGAGGAGUAUAAAGGCAGCAGACACAGGCACUGAAGUCUGAGACAAACCAAAUUGGGAUAAUGAAACAGAUCAAAACAGUCAGAGACAGAUUGGGGAUGAAUUCUAAUUUAAAAUAAAUAAAUCACACUUUUAAUACUGAUAGACUUUACUACAAAAAUUCAGAGAAGGUAAAUGUUUACAACUUUUAAAACAGUGAGUAUUCAGUAGCAUCACACGGUAGAAACAGAUCAGUGUGAGCUGAGGAAACCUUAUAAUUAUUUUGUAUUUCGGUGUAACUUUACUGGAGACACAGAACUCACAGAGAGUCAAAGGAAAACAGAAACCCCUGAAAAAAGAUCAUCAUUCCUAUUCAAUUUCACCUGAAGAGGAGGUAUGAAUAUUAACCCAGGCAGUCGUAUUAAGUGACAGCAGCUGUUGAUUUUGAUUUAAUAUAAUUUACUAGUUUAAAGAUUCACUGUGAGAAAGCAAAGUUCUGAUUUAGAGCUCUAUCCUCACACUGACCUCACAGACAGAGACUUAAUUCAUGGACAACACAGAUAUCCUGAACACUGACUGACUGAAAGGUCAUGGGUGGAUGGAUUGAUUGAUUGAUAAUUUACUUGGUUGUUUGAUUGAUUCGUUGAUUGAUUGGUUUGUGUUCAGCUGGUGAAUCCUUGUCUCUCACUUUGAUGUGAUAAAUGUUUAUUUUUUCUUCAGCUGCAGAUGAAUCUGAUGCAGUAUGGCUACAUCCCUCCAGUGGACAUCAAGACUGAGCCCUACAUACCUGAGACAGGUACACACACACACACACACACACACACACACACACAAACACGCACACACAGGAAAAUAACUUCAGGCCUUUACAGCUCUGAUUCAGUGUUUUGUUCUUUCUUGUUGUCAUUUGAAAUGUUAGUGUAUUGUUAGGAUUAUUUUACUUUUUAAGUGCUCUUAUUGUUGUCCAUCUCUUGGCCUUGGUUACUCUGGCUAGGUCUUUGUGUUGUUCUGGUUUUGAUGGUGUGCAUGUUGGUCAUGUUGGCUGAAUUUUCAAUCAGUCAUCAAUCAAUCUUUAUUUUUCUCGUGCCAAUUCAAAUCAAGUGUUAUCUGCAGACACAUAAUGAAAAAAACCUUCUCUUCAUGACCUAAUGUGAAGAUGAAAAAAGAUCAAGUCUCAUCGUGUUUCCCAUUCAGUUCAAAGUAAAUUAAAAAUUUCAUUAAGUUUUAUUUGAUAUGAUAGAGAUAUUACAGACAAAUUAGUCCUUCAGACAAACGUUACAGGACAGUUCAGGACUCUUCUCUCACAAAGCACUGUUGUUUCCAGGAAUGAUUAGAUCUUUGCCAAAUAGAGCUGAACAAUUUUAGUAAAGGUUGAAUUGCAAUUUUUCUAGCAAAAAUUCACGAUUUUCUUCAAAUCAAGCUGCAGUGCAACAUUCACAAUGUGUACAGUAACAUUUACAAAUCAAAACAUAAAAAGCCAGUACUUCAAUGCAAGAAUGAAAACUAAAGGUAAGAAUUGUGUGAAGCCAAUUUUCCAACUUAAAGAAAAUGGGGUCAUCCCUAGAGGUGAUGUGCUCAAGAAACUGCCUACACCACAAAGACUUGGUGGUUCAACCAGAAGGGAGCAUAAAUUCAUAUUCCCCUGCAGUAUUGUUGAUUUGUAGCUUGGUUUGGAGAAUUGCAGCUGAUUAUGUUCUAAACGUGCUCAUGACUGUUCUCGGGGAUGCAUCCUAAACUAUAUGUACAUAUUUUAGUUGGAGGUAUUUCUGUCAUCCCCUUGCUUUAAAGACUGGCACAACGCACCCCACUCUCCCCUAUUGUGUGAUGGCAGUCGUUAUCUCACCGACUUUUUCAUCAAGUACUGCUCAUGCAAGUGCCUGUGGCGGUUUUUCAAGUGCCGGUAUAAAUUGGUUGUGUUUCCGCUCGAUGUAGCAACUUUUGCACGACAGGUUUUGCACAGUAGCCUGCCUGUUUCUGGUGAACGUCUGCAGCCUCAAACAUUCUCCCAAAUGACCGCCGUGUCUCUUUUCUUGGGGAUCAAAUCCCCUAACUCCGUUUGUGGUUUCGCUGAAGCCAUUAAAAAAAAAAAAAAAAAAGCUCACGUUUCAAAUCACAGAGAGAAGGUUAAUACGAACUGGUUAAUGUGACCUGUCCAUGAGUAGCAUAUGCCACUUCUAACUGGUGAGUUUGGCAGGAUGGUGGGGAGAUGGCAUGUAUAUGUAAAAUAGUUGACACACAGCAGAUCCUGAAUCAGUCAGGAGUGCAGCAAAAAAAAAAAUGCAGCGUUGGUGAUCACAUGAUCAUGCUGUCAAUUUCAAUCAGAAAUCCAGGUCCUCAGUGUCAGGCUGAAGUGUUCAACCUUCAGAUCAAAAUAACCCAACUGGAGAAAGCUCUCCCAGGAACCUCUGUGUCAGUGCCAGGAACAAGAGCAUACCUUUGAGGACUCCUGACAGGGACUUAAUAACAGCGCUGUGAACUUAAACUUUACUAAGCAUGUGCAGCUUCCUCUCAGUCUGAACCUGGAACCAUGUACUAGAUGUCUGACACUGGUACCUGACUGAAAGUUCUUGCUCUGAGUGUGAUGGUGUGAUUUCUCAGGGAUGUCCAGUCCCUGUAUUUCCAGGAAAACACUGCAGGUAUGAGAAGUGUCCCCGUCUCCACAGCACAGUUUACCAUGAGUUCACUCAACAUAAGGGGCUUUCACAGCUCCUCCUGAUUCAUCAGACAGUCAUCCAACAACCUCUUCUCAUCUGGAAACAGGUCCUCAGAUACCCCAGACCUAUUUUUACCAGAAUUACAUUGAGUCUGAGCAAUGACUUUAGAUGUCUUGGAGCUCUAUCUGAGAGCCCGAGCUGAACCCUGAUGACCCCCUGUCAGGUGAAAGUCAGACCAGCUCAGCCAUCUGUGUGACCCUGACACUAACACUUGAGAAAGCAGACAUACUUUCUAACCAAGCAGCAGGGAAACACCUGGACUUUGACUGGCUCCCAAAUAUCCUGAUGACAGACUGGAAGCUGACAGUGGAACCUGUAGCUCUUUGAACCCUAGAAAUGCCCGGUAUUCUGACAGGUAUCAGAUAUUUACUCUGCUUCUCUGUCUGUUUCAGCUCAUGGCCCCUACAUCCAAAUCAUCGAGGAACCCAAACAGGUGAGAGCUUACCUGCUGACACCAUCUCUAAAACUGACUCACUUAAAGGUUGACAUGAACUGCUUAAUGAUUUAACAGUAAUAAAUUGGAGUGGUCACAUGACCUGAAGAGACCCACAGUCACAUGACAGUCAGGGACUUUCUGUCCCCUAACGAUCUUUCAGACUUUCUGCUUUAAAAUGUUACUAAAACAGAAUCUGUUGGUUCAUAAAUCAUCGAAAGUCUGUUCUACUACAAUAUAGGACACUGACAAUAGAUGAACUGAUGAAACUGAAAAUGUUUUUUUUUAAUGAAAAAUCUUUGCUCAUUCUUAAUUUGGUGUCAGCAACUUGUUUGUAAAAUGUAGUCACAGUGUCAUGUUUAUCACUGUGUGUCAUCAGCCUUUUUUUAAGCAACAUUUGAGACUCUUCUACUACAGAGCCAUGAUGUUGUAAUCCCUAAAGAUUGUGGCUUGCCAUUGUCUUGCUGAAAUAUGAAGGAUGGCAGCAGAUGUUGUUCCUAAACCUGUAGAUAUUGUCAGAUUCUGAUUUUGGCAGACCAUUUUUCUGUUUCAUUUCAUGGUCAUGAACUUUGUGCUGAUAACAAGCAGGAUGGUCCCUCCAUGCUUUAGAGCAGCCUCCAUGAUCUCCAAAGAGAAUGUUAAAUUCCAGUUUAUAAAAUCUCAUGACACUUAAAACACAAAUAUUUAUCUUUAGGGCCAGUACUAAGUACAGAUCUGAUGCCAAUGCACAAUAAUAGUCAUAUAGAGAGGAGGAUGUAACGUCCACAAUGUCCAAAAAGAAUGUCCAAUUCUGAUGCAUCAGACCACAGCACUGUUUUCCUUUUCCCCUUAGUCCAUCUUAAAUGGGCUAGCAUCCACAGAAGUCUCUGGUAUUUCUGAAUCAUAUUUCUACCUGGUGUCCUCUCUGCAUGGUCCAGUCUGAACCUCAUUUGUGGAUUCAGUGAUGAACUGCGUUCAUAGACAGUGGUUUAAGGGCAUAAAUUCAGUAACAGUAAAACAGACUGUUCAGUAAAUCUGUUUGUUUUGUGUCCCAGAGGGGUUUUCGUUUCCGUUAUGAGUGCGAGGGUCCGUCCCAUGGUGGGCUCCCGGGGGCUUCCAGUGAGAAGAACCGCAGAACCUACCCAACUGUGAAGGUGAGAAACAGUGACAUGCGCAGCAUCAGGUCACUAACCUCUGCUUCAUCUAUAUGCUGUCUGCACAGAAUAUGAGCCAAUAAAUACAUAGUUUCUGUGGCUCCUGGAGGACCCUGGUGCUAUGAUCAUGAUGUCAGAGAGUCUUUCAAAAAAUCCAAAUAAAAGUUAUUUUACAUGAUAGUUAACAUGAAGAAACAUCUACUGGUUUUGUUGAAGCUCUGAACCUUUUAAAAACAUGUCUGACAGUCUGUGAAGAUAAAGAGUGUUCAGUUUGUGAUGGGAUGAUAAAAAGUUUUAGGAUAAAAAACUGCUGUUAUUACUACACACUUAAGAUGUUAUCACUGUACCAUGAAAAACAGAUAAAGACAGCAGGUUAUGAACAGUAUGGUCAAGAUCAGCUGUUUUAAUAAUGGUGUUGUGAGAUAACAUUUGUUGUGAGUUGAGCCUUGAUAAAUAAGAUUGAUUGAAAAUGGGGCUGCUUAUUGGGAUUGUUUCGAAGGGGAUUACAGCAUGUAAAUGAACAUGUUCAUCAAAGGCCAGAAGCUCCCAAAUAUUUCCAGUUUAAUGUUUUAAAGUGAAGCAAAGAUCUUCUCUGACACAGUCAUCUAAAGGUAUUUGUGAUAUGAAACCUCCAGCAGGAGGACCCUUCUCUGGACUGGAACUAUUGAGGUGUAUACCCUUACUGGAGUGUUUUUCUAAUACUUCAAACCCCUUCACUGCUUUAAACAGAGUUUCAGGGGUUUGUAUCUGUGUUUGAAUCCUUCAUUCAGAGAUCCGGAUCUUUGUGCUGUGUUUCAGAUCAAUAACUAUGUGGGUCACGCCAGGGUGGAGGUCCAGCUGGUCACUCACACUGACCCUCCCCGGGUCCAUGCCCACAGUCUGGUGGGACGCCACUGCACUGAGAAUGGCACCUGCACGCUAGACGUUGGCCCUAAUGACCUCACAGCCUCGUCAGUAUCCAAUCAAAACACUGCUUCUGUCUGAAUGCUCAGAUGUAUAAAGCUAGUUCCUUAUUAGCCAGGACAGACAGAAGCACUUGAAAUAAAAUGGAAUAAAAUAAUAGUGAAGUAAAUAUUAAAGUAAGAUCAUUUAAAAUAAAAUGAUAAUAAUAAUAAUGAUAGUUGUCAUUAUUGUGAUACUGACCUGUAAUGUCUCUUCCUGUAGCUUCAGUAACCUGGGGAUACUCCAUGUGACCAAGAAGGGUGUGGUGGAUGUCCUGAGCAGGAGGCUGAGAGAGGAGAGGAGGAGGCAGAGAGGAGCGCACUGUCACCUGUCAGGUAAACAAACCAACAACAAUGAGUUUCUUCAUAAAUCUCUAUACACGAGUUUGGAUCGUUUCACCUGUUGAUUUAGUCUGACUGUUUACAGUGAAGAUUUUUUGCAAUCUCCCCCUCCUCCUCCCUCUCUGUCCUCCCUCAGAAUCAGAGGAGAACUCCAUCCAGAAGGAGGCGAAGGAGCUGGGGAAGAUGAUGGACCUAAAUAUCGUCAGGUUAAAGUUCACCGCUUUCCUUCAGGACAGUAACGGCGGCUUCACCAGAGCACUCAAACCGGUGGUGUCCAACCCCAUCUACGACAGCAGUAAGUUCCUCUGCCUGAAAACAAAAGAAUGAACACUGUAAUGGACAUUAUGAAAAUGGAGAUACAAACCAAUCCUAUAUCAAAAUAUUCAAUCUGUAGAGCUGAGGACAAGUUAUUUAGCCUAACCUCUCAAUGUCAGAAAUACCGCAGCUUCAUUUGUUUAACUGUGAACUAGAGUUUUGACCUUCAUUUAUAAUGAGACAAACACUGAGGUCACAGGCUGAGGGGCUGGGUGAGUGGUGGUCCUAUCAGCUCCUGUGUGUCUGCAAGCAGUUCUUCCUGCUGAUCAGACGCUCUGGAAAAAACACCUCGCUCAGCCCUCCAUCACAAAGAGCACACAGAGGAGGAUGAAUGAAUGAAUAAAAGUUCCUUACUGUAGGAUAUGAGUUAAUCAUGAUCACAUGAACUCACCAUCAAUCAUCUUGUUUUCUUCUGACCUGCAGAAUCACCGAAUGCCUCUAACCUGAAGAUCUCUCGGAUGGAUAAAACCUGUGGCUCUGUGCUUGGAGGAGAUGAGAUCUUCUUGCUGUGUGACAAAGUCCAGAAAGGUGAGAACUCUGAGUAUAGAUCACCUCUACAUGUCACCAGGUCAAGUUCUGCCCUCAGAACAUCAGCUGAACUAAACCCUAGUGGUAUGUUUCUGCCCUCCCUCCCUUGUCAUAUCAUUAACAUAUAUGAACUGGAUGGGAGGUGUGCUCUUCCUGCCUUGGGCUUCAUCUUCCUCUUGUGCACAUAAAGGGCAGGGAGUGGUCAGAGCAGAGCCAUACCACUGAAUAUAAAUAAUUGUAUUAAAUUAAUGACUGCCUUUGAGUAAGGCAGUCCUGACUGAGACUGCAGAGACUUUGAGGUGGAAUAAAAAGAGUAUAACAGUUUAUAAUUGUUCUUUAAUGUACCAGGAGUAUGCUUAUGUUUGUGAUGACCUCUUAGAAAUCCAGAUAAAAUGAUAGAUCAGAUGUUUCUUAUCUAUGAUUCAUAUUAUGUCAUCUAUUAUGAUAUUAAAUCAAACCAUUUAGUCAAAGAAACCAGCGAAAUCACUCUUUUUCUAUAUUUUCCUUGACAGAGCUACUGCUAUAAGACAACAGGUUAAAAUUCUGGUUAAAAAGUACUAUGUGCAUGUAUACAGGGUGAAACUAUACAAGAAGUUCCCUUUUGUCCACAGGGGGUGCCAAAGUCGAAACAAACCGAAAGCUCUGCACAGGAGCUUUGAAGGUGUUGUAAGAAGUUAUUAAGAGGCUGAGAGACAGACUGAAGCUGAAGCUGAUGACUCUCUAUAACCUUUAGCCAUCAGCAGCAAUACUCACAAUUUGUCUGUGAUGAUUUUUAAUUCCUGAAACUGCUGUGAGGGGGCGGGGUCAGACUGCAUGAUUGACAGCAGGCUGACGAAACAACCUGAUUUCCAUAAUAACUAUUCACAGAGUGAUUCAUAUCACUGAUAACUGAAUGAAAGACAAUCAGUUUGUCUGAAAACUCAAAUGUCAAGUUUACAAAAGAAAAGAGGAAUCACUUUGUCCACAAGGGGCACCUAAACCAACAUGAAAAGGACGUUUCUCACACAUUGUAAUUUUAAAACAUUUUUAUAAUUUAAUUUACCCAUAGUCUGCAUAUAGAAUGGACGCCGUCUGCCUCCUCACUGGGUAAAGCCACCCCGAGAACAGCACCCUUUGGUGACGGGCUGCAGUAUAGUUCAUAAAUCCCACCUCCUCCAGCAAUUCCUAUGGAGCUGUGGACAAACUUGAGAAAUUUAUUACACAGAAUAUAAAUUUUUCUCCCCCUGGUUGCAGUGUUGACAUUUAUUUACUCUCGGCCCUCUUUUUUUUUCUGUACAGCUCCAUUUUUAAAAGUUAUUAGGGGGUUCAUGUUUUCUAUGAUUGACACUUGAUACAGCCUAUGAGCGUACUGAGAUUGCGUAGCUGCUUGAGCCGAGCGUCAUCACAGCGACUCUCGACGACUCUCCCGCUGAAUGCGUACAAUGCUACUGCGCAAUGUUGGCUUCAAAUCUAUGUACUGGUGCAAGGCGGAACGAAGUUGUCCAUAUACAGUCUAUGGUCUGCCACUGCAGACAUUUCCCAUCAUGCCUCUGCCCUGUUUAUUUCAGAUGACAUUGAGAUUCGUUUCUAUGAAGAGGACGAGGAAGGUGGCUGGGAGGCCUUCGGAGACUUCUCACCUACAGAUGUUCACAAACAGGUACACAGUCAGUGAGUGUGCGCGUGUGUGUGUGGUUGUGUGUUUUCCAGGCUGCACACACACGCUGCCUGUUUCUUAAAGCACUGUUGAAGUGUAAGAUCAACAGCUUUAUGGUCUGUUCAUGUUCAAGUAUUUAACACGAUUAACCUACAAGAUAAAAGUAAAUUGAAAAUUAAUAUUUUAUAUGAGGAAGUGUUAAAAAGGAAUGAUUUGGGUUUUGUUCUGUGUAAAUCAUCCUCCUGAAACUGUGUCAGGAAACGGAUCUGUGGAAACACUCUCAGAUAGUCUUCUGAGUUUAAGAAUGACUCAAGUGUUUUUCUUAAAGUCAAGUUUCUGGUUAUUUUUACCCUGUUUCCAUGUACGUCUGUGUGUUGUGUUCAUACAUCUGUAAACAAACUGAUGAUGCUACUAGAUGUCCAACAUGUGGAAGUGUAUUUAUUUACAGACAGAAUUGUGGGCUGAAAGAUUAAAGAGAGGGAUACAGGAUACCACAGAGGCCCAUGUAAUAACAAAUAUGAGACUAAGAACUAAACUCAGAGCUCAGAAACUGUAGAUAGAGCCCAAACUUUAGAGAUUCAGUCUGUAUGUUCGCCCUGCCUCUAAAUAACCCAGUCAGUCUGACUGCAGUCUGAGAGUCUGUGUUUUUCUCACUCAGCCUUCACAGCCUGUCCUCCUUCUCUCUCUCCUCAGUAUGCUAUCGUCUUCAAAACACCACCCUAUCACAGCGCAGAGAUCGAGCGGCCUGUCACUGUCUUCCUGCAGCUGAAGAGGAAAAAGGCUGGAGACAGCAGCGACCCGAAGCAGUUCACCUACAUCCCACAGGUGCAAGGUGAGCGACUGCACAGGAACACACACCUUCAUCACUGAAAGAGUCAAACAAAUUAUGAACAGUUCAAAAGAAUCAGAUUCUGAACUCUGGACAAAAGAAACCAACCAAAGUCCACUUAACUGUUAUUCAUGCAUUAAGAAAGAAAAUCAGAUGUCUGAAUAUCUUCAGUCUGUCAGAGACAGAACACAGACCCAGACCAAAUAAAGGCAGAGUGACAAAAAGCUGGCCUUAGAAAGAGGGAGACCCAAACAAACAUCGAGAAGACUGUGUCUGUGUUUAAAUACAGAGGAGCUGUCUGAUCCACUCUCUGUUAGGACUGAACUGUGAUUAAAGUCAACUGUGUAGAGUUUAACUUAAGAGCCUCACACAUUCACACAGUUAGAGCCCAAAUACAGAGGAGCUGUGGUGGGGGAAGCAAACACACUCAGACUGAACAAGGUGAUGUCUGUGAAUUCCCCCACUCAUACUGUUGUCUGUCUCUGUGUGUUAAAGGUCAGAGUGUUGGGAGUUUCCCUCAUUGGAAAUGAUUGGCAAACAGACAGUUUCAGUCCUCACCUCCUAGCUCAGGUGUUUUUCGUGCAGCAGGUUCAUCGCAGGAAACAAUGAAGGGAAUUUUAGACGAUUAAAAAAAAAAUUUCAGUCCGUCCAACUGAUGUCACCAUUUUUUUUACUUUGAAUAUUUAACCUGCCAUUGUCUGAUAACCCUCUCCUCUUUCAGAUAAAGAGGAGGUGCUGAGGAAGAAGCAGAAACCAUUGCCUCACUAUGAGACCAGCUCCUGGAGAGGGGGAGGAGGAGGAAGAGGGGGAGGAGCUGGAGGAUAUGGAGGCGGGUCAGGAGGAGGAGCAGGGGGAGGUAGGGCCUAUUUAAAACAUCCGUUUUCUGUAAUAUAGAUAACAAGCCUCAUAUAGGGAUUAACAUGGAUAUACAUGGAGAGUCACAAUAAUCCAAGAUGGUUUACAAUUUUCUCUCCUAACUUAGAAUCAGCCUCCACCCCCCCUAACCAUGACCCUGUUUAUGUGUACCAUCUGAGUAGGAGGCACUGUUUCAGUGUCCCACAUUGGAAAGGUUGCGUUGCACAUCUAUUUCUCAGGACGGGUGCGUCGGAGGGCAAAGUAUCCAGCUGUUCAAAGACAAACAUCUGCACAGGAGUAUUUAUUUGCAAUGUUUCGGUACUAGACAUUCAUCAGGCAAACAGUUUGUUCAGAAGGCCAGGACCAUAGACUGUAUAUAGAACAGACUCCAUUUUUAAAAGUUAGGGGAUUCAUGUUUCAUAUGAUUGACACUUGAUGCAGCCUAUUGGUGUACGAAGAUUGCAUAGCUCACCCGGGGGAUACGCUGUUUGAGCCGAGCGUCAUCACAGUGACUCCCCUGCGGAAUGAAUACAAUGCUACUGUGCAAUGGUGCUCUAAGAAAGUGGAGAAAAAAAACUGUAAAACUGAGCAAUUCUGCCUUAAAUCCGUAUACUGGCAAAUGGCGGAACAAAUAUGUCCAUACAGUCUAUGGCCAAGAUGUGGGAGGUGGCCUCAUGAUGUCAGAGCUCAUCUGACCAAGACAACAAAGAUAAACAAUAGACAUCAGUUACAUGACUGAGAGAGUCAAUGUGAUGAAAGGUACAGACACGUUAAUUGUAAUUUAUAAGUGUAUCAUUAAUAAUAUUCGGAGGAUUAAAACUCUUGGAGGAGAAUACAUACACAAUAGAAAUCACAGACUUGAGUAAAGAAAAAAAAAAAAAAAAAAAACAAAAACAAAAGGAGAACAUCAUUAAAAAAUAAUGUGGAAACAUAUACAGGUGUUAUCUGCCUGAGGUAAUGCUCAAACUGUCAGAGAUCACUCAGGAUCUUGCUUCAGCUGUUGGAUCUUGCUAAACCAGCUUAAGUUGGUACCAGUUGCUGAGGGUUCUGUCUGAAAUACAUGGUAACAUGCUUUGUUUGCUUAAGAUCUUGCUGCAGGUGUUGAGGAUUAUGUCAGAGAUGGAUAAUGACCUGUUCAUCUUGGAUCGUGACUCAUCUAUGUGGGAUCUUGGUUUGGCUAUCUUUGCUCAAGCAUUGCACUAGAUGUUUCUUGCUGUAGAUGGCUGGGAUUUUGUCACAGAGGGUUUGGAUCUUGCUGUAUAUGAAUGGCAUUUUUGUUAAGGACAGGAUUUUGCUAUUGAUUUUUAGAAUCUUGCUGUAGAUGAUUGGAAUAAUAAAGGUGGUUGAUGCUUGAUCUUCAUGCUUAGUAUUUUUCAGGAGGUAGUUUGGAGCUUGACAGUCAAGGCUGGGAUCUGACUGAGGAUGGUUGAAGUAUCACCAUGAUGUUGGUAUCUUUCUGUUAAUGGUUCAUUUUUUGACAAAGGUAAUUAAUAAUUUGUAAUAGGUGGUUGUAAUGUUGGUGGUUGAGAUCUUGUACAGAUGGUUGGCUAUUAUGCUGGCUGUGGAUGGGUCUGAUCUUGUUAUAGAUGACACUGAAGAUGGCUGGGAAUACUGCUGCAGACUCUUUGGAUCUUAUUGUAGAAAGUUGUAGAAACUACCGAUUGUUGAGAUAUAGUUUUAGAUGGUUGGGAUCCUGUCACAGAUUUUAGGGAUCUUGCCACAGAUGGUUGUGAUCAUGCUGCAGAUGGUGAUGUUAGGCAGAUGGUGCAGGAUCUUGCUGUAGAUGGAAAGGAUCAUGCUUUUGAUGUUUAUGAUCUUGUUCAUGUUAAGAUGGUGCUUUAGCUACUCGUGGUUGUCAUUUUUUGUGUUGUUGAUGAUCUGCCUGCCUGAAAUCAGUCUUGGUUUUUGAAAUGAUCCCCUUAGAAGGACUUUUAGUUGUCUGGUGUCAGGGUCCCCGUUUUGGAUCUUGUUCUUUACUGACUGAGUGAAUCCAGAGCUCACCGUGCACACUGUUUUUUCUGCAGGAUUCCAGUUCAACCAGCAGAUGAAUGGAGGAGGAGGAGGUGGAGGAGUUUUCUUCACCGGAGGAUUCACAGGCUUCGGAGCAGGGGGAGGAGCUCAGAUGUCAGGCUCUACUCCUCAGACAGGUGUUCCCCAGCAACAGACAGAGGAACAGAGUGGAGGACAGAGUGGAGGACAGAGUGGAGGACAGAGUGGUUCAGCACUGCAGCAGCAGCUGCUUCAGAUCGGUAAGAUGAUGAAGGGUUGAGGAGCUGACACUGGGCCUGUGCUGUGGACUCUGACAUGUCUUUCACUCAUCUUUGGCCUUUCUUUUAAUUUUCUAUUUUAAAUCUUUUUAAACCCCCUCUAUGAGCCCUUUUUUUCAACUCUUCUAUCAAACUUUUUAUAAACUCUUCCUUCACAAUUUACUUUCAAACUGUCUUUUUACGAACUGACAGUAGGAACUUGUUUAAAGCUCUCUUUUUAAGUGUCUCUCUCUGUUGUUGUUUUAGCUGCAGGGCUCCACAGCAGAGCCUCUCAGAGUGCCAGACACACCGCCGCUGCUCUCCUGCAGUACUGCAGCACCGGUGACGCCCGCAUCCUCUUGCAGAUCCAGAAACACCUGUGUGGAGUCCAGGAUGGAAACGGAGACACGUGAGUUUGUUUGCCUGGUUAGUUUAUGCUAGAAGGAAGACCAUCUCCAUUUAUUUUUUGGUUAUGUUGGGUUUUUGUUUUCCCACAGUCCUUUGCACCUAGCCAUCAUCCAUCAACAGACAGGAGUGAUUCAACAGCUGAUCCAUACUCUGCUAAGCAGCCAGCAGCAAAACGUUCUCAACACCGCCAACCACCUCCGACAGGUAGUUAACUCCAGUUGGCAAUCUUACAUGAAUGCUAACUCAGCACACAACCCUAAAUAACAGAAAUACAAUCACUACAAGGAUAACCACCUCUGACAGGAAGUUCACUUUAACUAACUAUGUAACAAUGUCACACUGUUGACCAAUGACCUGUCCUGUCUGCAGACUCCACUCCAUCUGGCGGUGAUCACCCGGCAGGUAAAGGUGGUGGAGGUGUUGCUGAGGGCGGGGGCUGACCCCAGCCUGGUGGACAAAGAUGGCCGCAGUCCACUUCACCUGGCAGCACUGGCUGGGGACCAUAACACACUCCGACCCCUGCUGGCUCACCUGGGAGAACAUCACACCCACCUGGUGAACACACCUGACUACCAUGGUAAGAGCGCAACCCCCUUCUUGCAAAUAAGACUGUGGACAGUGUCAGUGUUUAACUUUGAGGUACUAAAUACAGACCUUAUAUCAUAGAGCCACAGAAUAUAGACCUUAUAUCAUAGAGGUAAAGUAUACAGACCUUAUAUCAUAGAGCCACAGAAUAUAGACCUUAUAUCAUAGAGGUAAAGUAUACAGACCUUAUAUCAUAGAGCUACAGUAUAUAGACCCUAUAUCCUAGAGAUACAUUUUAUGGACUGUAUAUCAUAGAGCUACAGUAAAUAGACCUUACUGUGUAUAUCAUACAGGUUGGUUAAGGCCAACCCUUACCCUUGAGUAAUGAAUCGGUGCAUGGUGAGUGGGUGGUCAGGGUGGGCAGGACUCCUUAUCUUCAGGGUCUCUAAUUUAACCAUCAAGCCCCUCAAGUGUCAUUCAGUUCUGACCUCAAGGCUGUUCAGGACUGCCUGAUAGUGAACACCUGGAUGGUCUAAUGACAGUGAGGGUCUGCAGAGUGCUCUGGUGGUCAGACUCACCAUCACCUCUCUCUAAGGUCACCCCUAAAGUCAGUCACAGUCUAAAGGAUCACAUGUGGUCUGCUCUGUCUCAGGUCUACAUCCUCUACACCUGGCCGUGAGGAGGGAGGGUGAGCGCUGCCUCCGCCUGCUGGUGGAGGGUGGAGCCAAAAUUAAUGCAUCUGAACAGAAAAGUGGAAACACUGCCCUCCACCUGGCCGUCAGAGAAAACCUGUUCAAAAUAGCCUGCACGCUGAUUACAGAAGUAUGACCCGCACACACACACACACACACUUGUUUCUCCCUCACAGGUAUACUGACUCUAUCUAUGUGGUUCACAGUUGAAGGCUGAUGUUAAUGCGUGCACGUUUGGAGGAAACACACCUCUCCACCUGGCAGCCAGUCUGGGUUCUCCUACACUCUGCUCCAUGCUGAUUGCUGCAGGUACACUUUACACACACACACACACACACACGCACGCACGCACGCACGCACGCACGCACGCACGCACACACACACAAAAAUAGAAUGAACAAUCAACAUGUUUUUCUCUUAGGACGUUUAGUACAUUUAGUCUGUAUUUAUUGUAUAUAUCUAGUAUAUUUAGUCUGUAUUGUACAUACUCUUAUAUAUUUUAUUUUGUGUUUUUAUUGCUGCUGUAACAUGGGAAUCUAUCUAUCUAUCAUGACGAAAUAGAAUAGGAUAGAUAGACGUAUACACAGUAAAAUAGAAGAAAACAAAAUAGAAUAUGCAGUGCAUCUGGAAAAUAUAUUUACAUUGCUGCACUUUUCUCACAUUUUCUUGUAUUACAGCCUUAUUCCAAAAUGUCUUGAAUCCAUUCAUACCUCAAAAUUUGACACACAAUUACCAAUAAUGACAAAGUGUAAAAAUGUUGUUUAAAACUGUUGCAGGUUUAUUAAAAAUGGAAAACAAAGAUUUAACAUGUACAUGAAUCUUUGCCGGACUGGGGCAAAGAAUUGCAAUAUAACUGAAGAGAACAAAAUAGAGUAGGAAUAGAGUAGUCCUUAUUAACUUUGGCAUUGUUACAGUCCACAUGAUCCCCUCAUAAGGAGAAACACUGAUUAAAAGCUGUUAUUGUACCUGUUAAAGUGAAAAAAAAAAGUUAAACCGUUUGGGUCAACUGACUGUUGGAGCCUUUGUCUCCUUCUCUAACUGUUUAGUUCAAAGGUGAAAGAAAGUAGACAUCUGUAAUCACAAUUUAAUUUUGGAACGAAAAAAUAUCUGCACUUUGGGGAAAAAUGAAUUUUGUUACAGUUUAGGCUGGCCUGUAACUCUCUGAAGAGUUGACCUAACAGAAACUGAUCCCAUAUGGAGUGAGAUAGACUGCAGAGUUAAUGGCUUUGCAUUCAGUGUUCAGCACAGGCAACACUACCUGAGCCUGCCAGUAAGGUUUCUGGUACAGCACACCUUAAUGAACUCAGAACUCAGAAGGGGUUUUAUUGCCAUUAUCAAUGAACAGGAUUCAUAGACAAGGAAUUUGUUACAGCAUGAUGGUGCAACAUUAGACAGAAAGUAAUAUAAAAUACUUGAAUAAAAAACUAAUAAGAGCAUGCAAGAAAAAUAUAAAGUAUAAAAGGCUAUGUACAACUACACAACACAUGCACACAUGCAUGAACAUACAAACAGAAAACCUGAAUAAAGGUCAGAAUAGCUAAAGGCAGAGAUGAGAGCCAGAGGACCAUGUCCACACAACAGGAACAAUCAGCUGAUCAGCCCACAGAUCCAAACCAUAGACUGUAAAUAGAAUGGACGCCAUCUGCCUCCUCGCUUGGUGAAGCCACCCCGAGAACAGCACCCUCUGUUGACGGGCUGCUGUAUAGGUCAUAAAUCCUGCCUCCCCCAACAAACUUUAGAAAUUUAUUACACAGAACAUACAUUUUUCUCCCCCCUGCUUACAAUGUUGACAUGUAGUUACAGUAAGACUGGUUUGUGCUCAAGUUCCCUUUUUUCUGUGAAGCUCUGUUUUUAAAAGUUAUUAGGGGGUUCAUGUUUUCUUUGAUUGACACGUGAUACAGCCUAUUGGCGUUCAGGGAUUGCGUAGCUCACCCGGGGGAUACGCUGUUUGUGCCGAGGGCGUCAUCACAGCAACUCUCAGUGACUCUCCCGCCAAAUGCGCACAACGCUACUGCACAAUGCUGGUUUCAGGACAUGAAGAAAAUUCCCAGAAAUACUGAGAGCUUUUUGGCUUCAAAUCCGUAUACAGGCGGAAGGCAGAACCAAGUUGUCCAUAGUAUAUACAGUCUAUGAUCCAAACACAUCAACACUUUACCUUUUAGGGGACAGAUAUAUAUCUCUGUCUACUAUAAAGACUGCAAACUCUCUUUAUCAGGCGCUGAUAAAAACAUGGAGAACGACGAGCCGAUUUUCUUCAGCUCCUCAUCAGAUGAAGAAGAGGAACCAAUCAGAGACCAGAUCAAAGACAGAGAAACUGCCUUCCAGAAAAUCAACAGUCGCAAGAGACCUGCAGGAGGCCACACCCCCCUGGAUCUCGCCAGGUGCCAAAAGGUGAUGGAGCUGUUCCUUCAAAAUAAAAGCGCUGGACAUUAGAGUGAAAUCAACCACAAAAACAUAACGGACAUCAUUUAGCUGUAACAUGUCUCUUCUCCUUGUCUUCUUGUCUCUUCAGGUGAGGAACCUGCUCAGCAGCAGACUGAGUGCAAAGGCGAGUCAUGUCAGCAGCAAGAAGUUGAAGCAUAGCAGCUCCGAAGGUGAGUCACCUCCUGAGCUCCCGUCCUCACACCUGUCCUCACCUGUCCACACCUGUUCUCACACCUACCUGUAUUUCAGAAUCAGAUGCCUCACAGCUGGACGGGGACACACUGUCCCGGCUGGAGGAGGUGUUGAGUGUGGGGAAUGUAUCGUGGAAGAAACUGGCGGAGAAGCUGGGGAUGAUGACGCUGACUCACCUUUACGCUGACAGUCCCACACCAUGCCAGCAGCUGCUGCAGCACUACAAGGUAACACAGCAGCUAAGAAUGCCUUGAAAUAUGGGGAUGCAGUUUAAGAGAGACUAACAGAGUCUGUAAAGAGUAUGUGCGUGUGUGUUUGUGUAUAACCAGCUGGGUGGAGGUCCAGUUGAAGGUCUGGUUGAAGCCCUGCAGUCUCUUGGUCUGACAGAGGGAGUCCGCCUGCUGAGACACAAAGAGCCACAAGAGGACAAACACAACGCAGGUAACACACACACACACACAUGCACAAACAAAUAUGCAGGGGGUGCUCUACAUGGUUUGUUUUCAAACAGUGUGGGUUUCAGACCUAAACUCACCAUCAGUCACUGAGUUUAUAUUUCUGUCCAAUCAGACGCCACGGUUGACAGCGGCUUUGGCAGCCAGCCAAUGGAAGAGGAAGAGACACCAGUGACCAAUCAGUGA